GUACUUUUUCGUCAGCCAUUGGUCUCAAAUUCUGAUAAAGAAAAUAAUAGAAAGGUCUUUUUCUCUGAUCUCUCAAACCCCAUAACUUUUCGACAAAUGGGUGUGGUUGAAUGUCCUCGGCGGUGGCUAUGGCGGUGCUUCCUUUUAUUCAUCGGAAUAACAACCGUUUCAACCACCGUAACCGCUUCCGAGACUCACAAAAACCGCGAAAACCUCGUGUCAAGAAUUGCCUUUGGAUCAUGUUCUAACCAAAGUGCUCCUCAGCCUAUAUGGGAUGCAGUGGCAGACUUCAAUCCUCAAAUAUUUAUAUUGAUGGGAGAUAACAUUUACGGAGACAUCAAACGGCCUUUUAAAAUUUUUGGACGAGAGAGGACUAUUGGGCCAUGGAAGAAUGUUCCGCGAUUUCUUCCUGCCUCUGAGCAGGAAAUGGAGGCUAAAUAUCAGAAGGCUAAGUCUAAUCCUGGCUAUGCUCGGGUUAAAGAGAGUGCCGAGGUUAUUGGAACAUGGGAUGAUCACGACUAUGGAUUAAACGAUGCAGGAAAAGAAUUUCAUAAAAAAAAGACCAACCAAAAGUUACUUCUUGAUUUCUUGGAUGAACCUCAAGAUAGCCCAAGACGGAAACAGGCCGGUGUCUAUGCCUCAUAUACAUAUGGUCCCAUGGGAAAAGAUGUCAAGGUCGUACUCUUAGAUACCAGAUACCACAGAGAUCCUGUAGGAAGCGACGGAACCAUUUUGGGGGAUUCACAAUGGUCAUGGUUGGAGAGAGAGUUAAACGGUCCACCAACAGCCAUUACCAUAAUUGGAUCUUCUAUUCAGGUUAUAUCGAAUCUAUCAGCAACUCUUCAACCGUUGGUCGCAAUGGAAUCAUGGGGUCGUUUUCCAAAGGAAAGAGAUCGCCUUUUCAAAUUAAUAGCUGAUAGUAAGCGGGGUGGAGUAUUAUUUAUAAGCGGAGAUGUUCACUUCGGCGAAAUUACAAGAUAUGACUGUGCUUCGGACUAUCCACUAUUUGAUAUAACCUCAAGCGGGCUUACUCAAUCAGUCGAGAGCGUUGUUCCGCGUUUCUUGCAUCCUCUGGUGAGAUUUUAUGCAUGGUUUACGCCGUCUACAAUGAGAGUUAAGGGGCCAAAUUGCAAAUACAAAUCCUGUGUAUAUGGCCAGCCAAACUUUGGAACCAUUGAAAUAGAUUGGGACUCUCACCCCGUGAGUGUGAAAUUCGGAAUCCGGGACAAGGAAGGGGUCGCUGUUACAGGUGUCAAUAUUUCGUUAUUGGAAUUACAUCCAUCGAAAUCAGAGACUCUUGACAAAGUAAAAACAGGAGAUAAUCAAAGGCAUUGCACUCUCGAAACUAGUUUGCCGUGGAUUAAAAGAUAUCGCAUAGCGAUCUUAUUUUAUUUUACGAUAUCUGUGUUGCUUCUUGCAAUAUUGACAGGGCUUUCUUGUGCUUGUCUCUCGAUUUUUCGACUUGGAGGAUGCAAAAGAAAGCACGAAUGACAUAGUUAGAUGAAUACACAAUCAGCAAAGGGAGCAUGUGUAGUAUUUUCCCCUUUAUAGAUUCAACCGUAUUACUAAUUAUUAUAGAUUAAUAAGAUAUAGAGUAUUCUUCUACUGUUUUCACUAGUUGGUACAGUUAGUAGUUAGUGUGUUUGAUUUUGAUUUUGAUUUGAAAUGUUUAUACAAGUUUAGUAUUAUCCUUUUUUAUUUAAUGAUUGAACUGUUUGAUAUGAUC